AUGACUACGAAGUUGGAUUACGCAGCUGGUACCUUUCUUAGGCCAGCAGAAGUGAGCAAGGUUGAAAUGUGGGCACCCUGCAGCCAGGGGCCUUCCCCCACCCAUUCCCACACACUCUCCCUCUCCAUAGACAACCUCUGGAGUGACCACAGCCUGGAGACAGACCCCGACCUCCCUCCAGGCUGGAGGAAAAUCCGUGAUUCUCUGGGCACCUACUACUGGCAUGUGCCAACUGGCACGACACAGUGGCAGCACCCCGCACGCACCACCGGUCCAGGAGGGCGCCCAGACUCCGAUGGAGAGGAGACACUCCAGGGAAUGGACUGCCAGGCCCCCACGGCAAAGCAUUCAGCAAAGGACAGGCCCAUUCCCAGCCCCAUGGCUUCGCUGUCCCGGAGGACCUCGCUGCCCUGGCAUGGAGAUGACGCCGAGCACAGUGCAGAGCCCGGCUCCAAGUGCUUUGCUGUGCGCUCCCUGGGCUGGGUGGAGAUCCCCGAGGAGGACCUGGCACCUGGCAAGAGCAGCAUUGCCGUCAACAACUGUAUCCAGCAGCUCUCCAACAGCAAGGGCCAGGGCUCUGCGGAGAACUGGGGCGAGGGCCAGGACCUGGUAAUGAUUCUUAAGAAGGAUACCAUGAGCCUGGUGGACCCUCUCGACCACAGCCUCAUCCACUGCCAGCCCAUCCUCAACAUCCGUGUCUGGGGUGUUGGCUGCAACAAUGGCAGGGACAGAGACUUCGCCUUUGUAGCCAGUGACAAGGACACCUGUGUCCUCAAGUGUCACGUCUUCCACUGCAACGUGCCUGCCAAGGGAAUUGCCAAGGCCCUGCAUGAGAUGUGCUCCAAGAUUGUGGCUGAGCGAGCUGUAGCGAGCAGUGAGCUGUCAUGUGCUGCCACGCUGGAGCCCGUUUCCUCUGAGGACCUGCCACUGCAAGUGGAUAUCCUGGAAGCAGUGAGGCGGUCGAUGCAGACCUAUGAGGCGCUGUACAUUGGCAGCCUGCCCGUGCCCAGGGCCAUGGGGAUGGAUGUGCUGAAUGAAGCAAUUGAGAAGCUGACAAGGGGCCCUGGGAGGGAGCGCUGGACACCUUCCCUCAUCCGCGUGUCUGACACAGCCAUGAGGGUGCACCCUGCACAGGAGGAUGAGGAGGCGGCGCACAUCUGGGAGUGCCAGGUGCGAUACGUGACCUUCCUGGGUGUGGGCCGGGACGCCCACACCUUUGCCCUCAUCGUGGACACGGGGCAACGCUUCCAGUGCACUGCCUUCUGGUGCGAGCCCGACGCCGGCACCAUCUCAGAGGCGGUGCAGGCAGCCUGCAUGGUGCAGUACCAGAAGUGCCUGGUGGCCGCUCUCACCUAUGAGGACCCAGCUGAGCCUUAA